UAGGAGCAAGGGACCAAAAGAUCAAGAAUUUUUGAUUGAAUUAUAUAAUAUUGCUUAUUAAAUCGUUAAAAUUAUAACAAAUACCAAAAAGAAAAUUUAUUUGAACAAAUUUAUUUACAAUUAAAUAAAUCUUUUAUAAUUAACAAAAAAUUAUGUUUGGCAAAAUCUUUGUCGAUCCUAUAGUAUGAAAUAUAGAGACCUAAGUAUAAUUUUUUAAUGCUUUAUAAAAGGGAACAGGAUAAAAGAAAUAGAACAUGUUUCGUAUACGAAAAAAUUUUUUACCACGGAAAAUAUCGGAUAUAUCCGCUUUCUUUUUAUUGAUAUCGGCUAUGCCAGCUACCUAUAUGUUUGAAAUUUUUAUUGUGUUUCCUACUUUAUAUGGAUCAUGGACAUUUCAACAUUGGUUUCAUGUUAUUUUCGGUACUUUUCUUAUGUUCCAAGUAACUUCUAACUUAAUAGCUUUAGUAAUGGUGGACACAAGUAUUAAAAAUGAAAUUCUUAAGAUGCCAGAUAAUAAAGAGAAAGCUAAAUCCUGGCAUUUUUGUGCAUGUUGUGAAUCUGCAGUUCCACCUAGGUCAUGGCACUGCCAGAUUUGCAGAACAUGUAUUCUGAAGAGAGACCAUCAUUGUAUAUUUGCUGGAUGUUGCGUUGGGCACAAAAAUCAUCGUUUCUUCUGUGUUUUUGUUAUUUAUAUGUUCGUCAGCACAUUUUACACAACCUUGCAUAACAUCAUUUAUUUCUACUCACAAGUAGAGUUUCAUAAAUUAGUGACACUAAUCAAAAUGAUAUGUCCAUUGUUAAUGUUUAUUCUAGAUAAUUCACUUAUUAAUAUUUAUAUAUUUUUGUUUGAUAUUAAUGUUUUUUGUUUGUUCUUUUCUUUAAUAAUGAUCUUAUAUCAUUCAAAAAUAAUUCUUAGUGGAAGAGUAAGUCAUGAAUACGAAAAGCAAAAAUCAAAUAGUACAAAGUAUGAUUUAGGAUGGAAAAAAAAUUUAUUAGUUGUUUUUGGCAAGAGAUGGUAUUUAGUUUUUGUGUCACCUUUUUGUCACAGCGAAUUAUUAAUGAAUGGCAUUAAUUGGGAAUUAUUUGAAGAAAAUUCUUUUAAAAAUAAGUAGUUUAUACUAUAACUUUUAUGAAGUUUUACAGUACUUAAAUUAAAUUUUGUUUGUUGUUUGCUUAUAUGUAUAAAUAAAAACGUUUUUUUUAGUUAUCCGAA